AUGGUCUCUGGUCCGCCCUCAAACCCCGACCGAUCAAGCUCUGCAUCGCCAAAGUGCAUCUUGUUCCGCGAUGAGGACCAGACGGUGUUCCUCGUCGACAUCCCUGCGUCUAUCGAGGAAAGCCAGCACCUCCUGGGCCAAAGUGCCGAGACAACAUCCGGAGAAGGAGGGGGGCCACGGCGGCUCCUGUCGGUCGACCCUGUCGCCGAGCCCUAUCCGUUACCGGAGCCGCGGAACCCCCACGUCAACCAGAGCACGCCGGCGAGCCAACUUGCAGACCUCAUGAUCGAGGCGGCGGUGAGGAGCGCUCUUGAUACGCUAAAAGAGCACCAUGAAGCGCGGUUUUGUCUCCCACGAGUGACCACCACCAAGAGCAGCAUCACCGCCAAAACCAGCGGCGACGACGAUCAAGAUGGCUUACAGGAGCAUUGCCCCCGUGAGACAACGGCGGCAGAGGCGCAUUUUAUUCCCGAAGGCUCAUCGUACAUCAGCGGCUCAAUCGAGGAUACUCGAGAUGACUUCGUCUCGACGGCACCUCUUUUUGACCUCAUCGUCCUGGAUCCGCCUUGGCCGAAUAAGUCCGCGAGGAGAAAGACCGGAGGGUAUUCCACGGUAUACGGGCUCAAGGAGACCCGGCUGCUCCUCGAGCAGAUUCCUGUCGGCGGGCACCUCGCAGACGGUGGCCUCGUCGCCGUCUGGGUCACUAACAAACCUAGCUUAGUAGACCUUCUCACAUCGCCCAAAGGUGUUCUGUCCGGAUGGGGUCUGGAGGUUGCUACUGAAUGGACAUGGGUCAAGGUUACCUCGCAAGGGGAGCCUAUCUUCGACGUCGAGUCCGCGUGGAGGAAGCCGUGGGAGAGACUAAUCAUCGCCAGACGUCGCGGCGGCGGCGAUGGCCGCAAAAUACCCCAGCGGAUAAUCGCUGCUGUGCCAGACAUCCACUCGAGAAAACCAAACCUGCGCCCGUUGUUCGGAGACCUGCUCCCCCAAGGAUUCCGCGGCCUCGAGGUCUUUGCACGUCACCUGACAGCAGGCUGGUGGGCAUGGGGCAACGAGGUCCUGCGCUUUCAAGAAGGCCAUCACUGGGUUGUAUCAAACACGGCUGAAGAGAGUAACGAACUUGAUGAUACCAAUUGA